CGCGGGACCCGGCUGUGCCCCGGCACCGUUGCGAGCCCUCGGCUGCUGCCGCCCGGCCGGGCGGAGGGCUGUUCUCCUGGGGGAAAAGUUGGGCGCCAGAACUGAGCAGCUUUGUGUCCCCGGCUCCACGGAGGCUUGGCCGGCCUCCCUGAGGAGGAGCAGAGCCAGCGGAGCGCUCGCCACGCUCAGGGAUGGCAGCAGGUCCAGCCAGGAGGGAUCCUCGUCUAUGACAGCAGCUGGUGUCCGGUGCUGGUCCAAAAGCUGUAAAGAGCAUACCUGGCACACGUAAGGUCUGCAGUAACUGGGAAUCCUGUCCUUCCAGCUGCUCCAGAGGGAUUUACUUUCCCAUAAAGGCGCUGGACAUGGACACAGAAGAUGACCCCUUGUUGCAGGACGCCUGGCUGGAGGAGGAGGAUGAAGAGGUGGCCUUCAGCUCCCGCAAGAGGCGAGAGGGUGCUGUGUUGUGUGGGAAAAGCCCGUGCAGGGUCAGGCCCCUGCGUGUCACCCUGCCCGUGUCUGGCUUCUGGAAUAUUGUUGGCUGGGUGUUUACCAACCCGUACUGCGCUGGCUUCAUCCUUUUCCUGGGCUGUGCCAUCCCUGCUGUGCUGGCUGUUGUCAUGUUCCUGCACUACCCGGCCCUGGAUAUCGACAUCUCCUACAACGCCUUCGAGAUCCGCAACCACGAGUCCUCGCAGCGCUUCGACGCUCUCGCCCUGGCCCUCAAAUCCCAGUUUGGGUCCUGGGGGAGGAACCGCCGGGACCUGGCUGACUUCACCUCCGAGACCCUGCAGAGACUCAUCUUCGAGCAGCUCCAGCAGCUUCACCUCAACGCCUCCCACCUCGGGGUCAGCGCGCGGGUCAGGCGCAGUUCCCCCGAGGGCAGGACGAGCUCCCCCGAGCCCCGUGUCCACCCCAGCCCAGGGAACAGGACGUCCCGGGUCGGGAGGGGAGCCCCACGCUGGGACUACUCCAGCACGUACAUCAGUGCCAACACGCAGGCUCACGCCCACUGGCGCAUCGAGCUCAUCUUCCUGGCGCGGGGGGACUCGGAGAACAACAUCUUCACCACCGAGCGCCUGGUCACCAUCCACGAGGUCGAGCGCAAGAUCAUGGACCACCCUCGCUUCCGGGAGUUCUGCUGGAAGCCCCAUGAGGUCUUGAAGGACCUGCCCUUGGGCUCCUACUCCUACUGCUCCCCUCCCAGCUCCCUCAUGACCUACUUCUUCCCCACUGAGAGAGGAGGGAAGAUUUACUAUGAUGGCAUGGGACAAGACCUUGCUGACAUCCAAGGGUCCCUGGAGCUGGCCAUGACCCACCCUGAGUUCUACUGGUAUGUGGAUGAGGGCUUGUCUGCUGAGAACAUGAAGAGCUCCCUGCUGAGGAGCGAAAUCCUCUUUGGGGCACCCCUGCCCAACUACUACUCGGUGGAGGAUCGCUGGGAGGAGCAGCGCCGCAAGUUCCAGAACUUCGUCAUCACCUACGUGGCCAUGCUGGCCAAGCAGUCCACGAGCAAGGUCCAGGUGCUGUACGGAGGGACGGAUUUGUUUGACUAUGAGGUGAGGAGGACUUUCAACAACGACAUGUUGCUGGCCUUCAUCAGCAGUAGCUGCAUAGCUGUCUUGGUCUACAUCCUCACCUCCUGCUCAGUGUUCCUGUCAUUCUUUGGCAUCGCCAGCAUCGGGCUGAGCUGCCUGGUGGCUCUGUUCCUGUACCACGUCGUAUUUGGGAUCCAGUACCUGGGUAUACUCAAUGGUGUGGCUGCCUUUGUCAUUGUGGGGAUUGGGGUUGACGAUGUCUUUGUUUUCAUCAACACCUACCGCCAAGCCACCCACCUCAAGGACCUGCGGCUGCGCAUGAUCCACACGAUCCAGACAGCAGGGAAGGCCACCUUCUUCACCUCCCUCACCACAGCUGCAGCAUAUGCUGCCAACAUCUUCUCUCAGAUCCCAGCUGUGCAUGACUUUGGGCUCUUCAUGUCACUGAUUGUGUCCUGCUGUUGGGUAGCUGUGCUCUUCACCAUGCCAGCUGCUCUUGGAAUAUGGACCCUUUAUGUGUCCCCACUGGAGAGCUCCUGCCAAACCAGCUGUAGUCAGAAGUGCACCAAAAAGAGAGCCUUGCACCUGGCUGAAGAUCUCUUCAUUGCCCCAGAGGCCACCCCCAGGGCAGGCAGAGAGACCCUUCCCUACCUUGAUGAUGACAUCCCACUGCUCAGCGUGGAGGAGGAGCCUGUCUCGCUGGAAAUGGGGGAUGUCCCCUUGGUGUCCGUGAUGCCAGAGAAUCUGCAGCUCCCUGCAGAGAAGAGCAACCGGGGGCACUUGAUAACCCGCCUGCAGGAGCUGCUGGAACACUGGGUGCUGUGGUCUGCAGUGAAGAGCAGAUGGGUGAUUGUGGGGCUCUUCCUCCUUGUUUUGCUCCUGUCCAUAUUCUUUGCCAGCCGCCUCCAUCCCGCCAGCCGUGCUCCAGUCUUGUUCCGGCCUGACACCAACAUCCAGGUGCUGCUGGACCUGAAAUACAACCUGAGUGCCGAAGGCAUCUCCUGCAUUACCUGCUCAGGUUUGUUUCAGGAAAAGCCCCACAGUUUGCAGAACAACAUCCGAACCUCCUUGGAAAAAAAGAAGAGGGGCUCAGGGUCACCCUGGGGAAGCAAAGGCAGCAUAAGUGAUACAGGACAGCAAGAUCUCCAGGGGACUGUGUACAUCUCCAAGUCCAGGAGCAAGGGAAGACCAGCCAUCUACAGAUUCUCACUCAAUGCCAGUGUCCCUGCGCCCUGGCAGACGGUGUCACCGGGAGACGGGGAGGUGCCUUCAUUCCAGGUGUAUAGAGUGCCUUUCGGUAACUUCACCAGGAAGCUGACAGCUUGUGUGUCCACAGUAGGGCUGCUUAAGCAGACGAGCCCCAGGAAGUGGAUGAUGACCACCUUGUCCUGUGACACCAAGAGGGGCUGGAAGUUCGACUUCAGCUUCUACGUGGCCUCCAAGGAGCAGCAGCGAACACGGAAGCUGUACUUUGCUCAGUCGCACAAGCCCCCCUACCACGGCCGAGUGUGUGUGGCACCCCCGGGCUGCCUGCUCAGCUCGAGCCCGGAUGGACCCACCAAAGGCAUCCUGUACGUUCCCAGUGAGAAAGCAGCAGCACCCAGGGCGAAGCCGUCGGCCACGUCUGGGUUUAACCCGUGCAUGAACACGGGCUGUGGGAAGCCGGCGGUGCGGCCGCUGGUGGACACGGGAGCCAUGGUGUUCGUGGUGUUCGGGAUCAGGGGCGUCAACCGCACGAGGCGCCUGGACAACCACGUCAUCGGAGACAUGGGCAGCGUUAUCUACGAUGACAGCUUCGACCUCUUCAAAGAGAUUGGCAACCUGUGCCGCCUCUGCAAAGCCAUUGCCAGCAACGAGGAGCUGGUGAAGCCUGGAGGGGCUCAGUGCCUGCCCUCGGGUUACAGCAUCUCCUCCUUUCUGCAGAUGUUGCACCCUGAGUGCAAGAACAUCCCAGAGCCAAACCUGCUGCCUGGACAGCUCUCUCAUGGGGCAGUGGGGGUGAAGGAUGGGAAGGUGCAGUGGAUCUCCAUGGCAUUUGAAUCGACAACCUACAAGGGGAAGUCAUCCUUCCAGACCUAUGCUGACUACCUGAAAUGGGAGACAUUCCUGCAGCAGCAGCUCCAGCUCUUCCCAGAGGGCUCUGCUCUCCGGCACGGCUUCCAGACCUGUGAGCACUGGAAGCAGAUUUUCAUGGAGAUUAUAGGAGUGCAGAGUGCCCUGUAUGGUCUUGUCCUCUCUCUGGUCAUCUGUGUGGCUGCAGUGGCCGUGUUCACCACACACAUCCUCCUCCUGCUGCCAGUGCUGCUCAGCAUCUUAGGGGUCGUCUGCUUGGUGGUGACCAUCAUGUACUGGUCUGGCUGGGAAAUGGGAGCUGUGGAGGCCAUUUCCCUCUCCAUCCUUGUUGGCUCCUCUGUGGAUUACUGUGUGCACUUGGUGGAGGGCUACCUGCUGGCAGGGGAGAACCUGCCACUGCACCAGGCAGAGGACCCCCGGGCGUGCCGGCAGUGGAGGACCGUGGAGGCCGUGCGGCACGUGGGGGUGGCCAUCGUGUCCAGCGCCGUCACCACCGUCAUCGCCACCGUCCCGCUCUUCUUCUGCAUCAUCGCCCCCUUCGCCAAGUUCGGGAAGAUCGUGGCCCUCAACACGGGGGUGUCCAUCGUGUACACGCUGACUGUGAGCACGGCCCUGCUCAGCAUCAUGGGCCCCGGCACCUUCACCCGCAGCAGGACUUCCUGCCUCAAGGCCGUGCUGGGGGUGCUCCUGGCCGGCCUGCUGGGCCUCUGCGUCUGCCUCGCCCUGCUCAAGAGCGGGUUCAAGAUCCCUCUCCCCAACGGGACAGCCCUGUAGAACCCAGGCCAGGAGCCUCUGUCCUCUUGCUCUCCCUUUCUUUUUUUCUUUUCUUUUUAAAGGAUAUUUUUUGUAAAGAAAACAAAAGAGGAAAAAAAUCCCCUUUUUUCCCCGAGGUUUUUCAACUCCAGAUGCACUUUAUUUUCUAAUGAGUUUUGCUCUAAACUUGUAUUUAUUUUGGGUAGUGAUGGAUGGAUGACGGACAGUGAGGGCUGCCCAGGGAAUACCUCAGCCCGUGAGUAGGAGGGGAAGAGGUCUCCUUCUCUCAGUUUUCUUUCUGCUUUUCUUUUCUUUUUUUCUUGUUCUUUUAAAUUUUAUUUUUUUUUUUAAACCAACAGAGCUUUCUGGAACCGCAAAGCUAAAAGGGGAGAAGUUGGGAAGGCCAUCUGAUCCUUUAAAAAACACUUCCCUCUGUCUCUUCCCUCCCCUUGUCCAGGGUCAGCAUUGCAACGAUGGCUCUUGAGGUGAUGUCCUACCCCCACUCCAAGCCUGUGCCUCUCUACCUGAGCCUUCAAGAACAGCAGUGAGCUGUUGGAAAGGCCUGGAGAACAGCAUUAUCUGGUCCUUUACCUGUACUCAAGCCAGACCAGCAGUGAACUCACUGCACAGGAGCUCUCAUGGGUGUCACUGUGGGAUCCAAACUAGAGGUGCUGGGUGGCACCACCUUCUUUCAUCAUUCAGGGAGGGCGUUGGGACACAAGGCUUUCCCCUUCUUUCUGAGGGGACAGGGCACCUUUUGCUGGAGUCUCUUGGGUCUGUGAACAGCCAUCAACAGCCUGCCCUCCCCUCCCUCCUCUCAGUAGUGAGGCCAAGGCAACAUCAAUGCCCAGUCCCUCCUGGUCACCUCACCAGUCACUGCCUCUGCCCUUCAUGGUGGAGAGGAAACAGCCCUUUGGUCACUGCAGUCAGCUCUUACUCUGAGGACCAGGAAACCCCUGGGUUACCCAGGUGGAGCCCAUACCUGGUGCCAUGCACAGCAUCCUCUGUGGCAGCUCAGAGACACCCUCCUGUGUGGGGACACGAGGGCAGAGGAGCUGCAGCUGCCGCCUGCUCCGAGCAGAUGGUUUAUAUUAAAGUAAAAUGAAAUCGCAAA